AUGGACGGCACCGAAGGCCAGAGACGGCCGGGGAGCUCCCGAGCUCCCUCCCGGACGAGCACAACAAGCUCGCACUCUCACCGAUUCCACCACAACCACUGCGGCUCCGACAGUGCCACCAUAUCUCAGCCUUCGACUUUUCUGCAGGAAAAGAUACAACAACGGCGGGCAGAAAAGAAGAUGAGCGAGGGAAACAUGAGUACAUCGACUGGUCGUACUCGAGACGGAGACAAUGUCAUACGAAGCUCGCCAGCUCGACAGAGCGCCGCUGCCAUGGUACGACGGGUACAAUCCAAUAAUAGCAACGAGGGCGAACUGAAUAGUACGGGGAGCAAUGAGACUGACCGGGCCAUUGAAACACUGAAGAAGCAAAACUGGGAUAUGAAACUAGAGUUAUACCACCGUCGAGAACGGCAGACAGCUCUGGAAGAGCAAGCAAAACGGCUUUCAGAAGAGGCCCAGAGAAUGUCCCAGGAAACGCAAAGAAUGUCAAAGGAACACGCAAUUAUGCUGGCGCAGAGCACCGAGACCAUGAAACUAUAUGACGACUUAACCGGAGAACUCGACAGACGCGACAGGGCUAUGUUUGAGGCUAUUGAUAUGAUCGUGGACCUGCAAUCUAGAGUGGACGAGCUGGAGCGAGAGAAAAAGAUGAUACGCAUGGUUGAAGCAGACAUUCCAGAUCCUACAGCGCAAGAUCACCUAGAUGGACCAACUCGAUCCGCUAUGCCAGCAUUAUCUGCGUCGAACUCACCAAGCUUACGGCCAGUAACCGACCUUGCUGGUCGUCUGGGUGACCCAAGAACGCUGGAGCGCAUGUCCAGCUUCUUAUCGGAGCACGGCGAGCGAACAGUCAAUUUACGUGACAUGAUUCUGAACAACAAGAGCAGCUUUGUUCACAUGCGCAAGAUCUCUGACAUGAGUGCUGCUCCCAGCGAGUUCAACCGACUUGCCAGUCCAAGCCUCAGUGUUCUCAGCGAAAGCUCUUUCAUGAGUGUCUACGGUAAUACUGCCAGAACUCCGGAACAGAUGCCUUCACCCCCAAGUCUCGAGGAUCCAGUGGUACCGGAUAGGAUCAGGAUGCCAGAUUUCUCUCAGGGACAGAGUCUAGGGCACAGCAGUAGUCAAGGGAGUAGCAUUACACGGAGUCAUUUACUCAGGGACGUCUCCAGGGAAGACGCCAGUCUGGCAUCCCAAAUGCAAUCUUUCAGCGACGUCCUCGAUAUCAGCCCAUCUCCGCAGCGAACAGGGCGAGUCGAAGACAAAUUGUCCAUGAACAACUCUUCUCGUCCAUCUACGUCGAGUCAUGUGAACACGGCCAAGCCUCCUAUGUCGAGACGCGCUAGAAGUCAGGUCAGAACGCAACAAGAGAAGCGGGAGGCGCUGCGCAGAGUGGUCACUACCUCGCCCAAGACGACCGAUUUUGCAAAUGCUCGAAUGCUCCCUCCAACUCCCGAUACUACGUCAAGCUCAAUGCUACGCCGCUACCAUAAUUCUAACGAUACCUUAACAAAGAACUCAAGGGGUCUGCCCAAGGACGAGAUUGUCCAUGAUAUUAAAGCCUUACCAACAAUAGCUCUUCCUCCCCAGAUUUCUCCGCAAUUGGCCAAGGGCAAGUUCUCACACCUGGCUCCAGUUCCUGUCGUGACGGGCCAGACGGACCUUCUAGGCCCUACCAUGAAAACAGCCCGCGCCAACGUUGAAUAUUAUUCUGAAGUACAAUCACAGCGGCCCACAUCGGCGGACGAGACGCCGAUGUCUCGUCAUCGGGCAAACAGCUGGGGCUCCGAGUCUGAUACAGAUGGAGGUGCUGAUGCUCACUCAGAAGCCAGUGAUAUCGAUUACUGGAUGCAUGAAAGCGUAAAGCCCAAUGUCAGGGUAACGGAUGAUGGCAUCUCAUCGCCUGAUCUUUUCAAUUUUCCGACAGAAUCAGGACGGUGGGAAACAGAUGCAAUACUGGGCGCGAUGCGAGGGACGGGAUUCACACCUGUGCCGGACUUGAGACGUGACCCUAUGGACGAGCAACCGACUACUUUAAUAAUUCCACAUGGCGGCAUGUAUCAUGCACCGGAUCCAAGAGCACCCGAUGGUGGGAUCCCGCCUCCUGUUCGGCGCUCUAGCCGCUCUGCCCGUACUGGCAGCAUGACUAGCACUUCAAAUCAUCCAGAGACCGGGAAAUCUAAGAAGAGUCUCGUUCGGGGAAGCAGUGUGAGCCAUAUUUCGAAGAAAACAAGGAGCAACAGCGUUGAUUCUGCUAGUAUGCGUCCGCCGGUUGUAAGUUUGCAAAGUUAUAUCGGUGAUGGAACGGGCGAUUCGAAAGGAAACCAGUAUCCCCCAAUUGCAGGACAGCCAACGAAACUGAGAAAAUCUGGUACACUGAACAGGUUGUUCAAGAGGUCAAUUGGAAGCAAUCAGGACAUGCAAGAGGUGCCAAGAAGUGCCGCAGAAGCCAAUUCCUCUGGCAAGCAGAUGCAAUCGACACAUGCACAUCCUCGGAAGGAUGGCCCCACCGGGCGCUCCAGCGUGCCGCCACCAGCAACACUGCCUUGGAGAGCCCCUAUAGCUGUCUUCCAUGAUGACUUGUCAAGUGCGACGCCACCGCCUAUCAUGCGGAAACGAGGCGCGCCUGGUGGCACCAGCAUGGACAGCAGCAGUCAAAGGCCCUUGACGCCACGUCGUGUGCACUCCGCUACACCCAAGAUGUAUCAGCAGGACCAUGGCGAGGCAGAAUGUUUAUCAAAUGCGAAUACCCCGCAAAGUGGGCAAAGUGUACGGCGUAAGUGGCUUGGGUUGGGACGGAGGAGCAGCUUGAUGAACCGCAACGCUUGA